AUGUCCAGCUCACAAUAUAUUUCUCAGUCAUCUUGGGAUUUAGGUGUGUACCUACCCGGUCAAUUAGCUUUUGAAAAUACAGAAUUUCAAUCGCCUGAAGCUUUGAUACAAGCAUUUAAUACUGAUCUUGUACUAUCAACGCAUCGCGAAGAACUAGAAUCAUUUAAUCCACUGUGUGAUGAUAUGAAUGCUGUCUCCAUGCUAGUAGAUGACGAUAUAUUUUUAUCACCUUAUUCUGAUUCUGAUGAUACAACUUAUUUCUCAGAGCAAUGCACAGUAGCAUCUUAUGUACCAAAUCUAUCGAAUAUAUUAUUACAAAAUGUUAGUUCUCCAUUAUCCCCGUCAUCCAAAGAUUUGCGCAAAAAACAAAAAAAAAGUACAUCUUCAUCAAACUCACCAACACAUUUCAAUCAUAUGUAUGGAAAGUGUUUUUCUAUAUUUGAUAAUGUAAUGGGAAGAAAACGUCGACCAUAUUUAUUUGAAUUUUGUCGAUUAGUACUAGACAAUGAAGAAUAUUCACAUUUAGCUCAAUAUAUUGAUCGAAAACAAGGUAUUUUCAAAAUAAAUAAUCCAACUGAAAUUGCUGAAUUAUGGAAAUGUGUGAAAGGACGUAAUAGUGAUACUCCAAUGACUUAUGACAAAGUAGCAAGAGCUCUUCGCUAUUAUUAUAGUAGCGGUGUGAUGCACCCAAGUUCCGGACGCUAUACAUUUCGUUUCGGACCAAAAUCUGGUUUUGGUACUACAUGGUCGCCAGUUUAUUAA